CGAUAAUGUAAUAGAACUUUUGCGUUCGGAGAAUUACGUCUUAGGCAUGCAUCGUAAUAAUGCUUCGUGCAAGCUUCGGAUCGCUCUUUAUGGCUGAUAAGAGGCAGUACCCAUUUGGCCAUGGACAUGGAACAUUCAACUGGAUACAAUGAUUUAGAAUGGGCGAUUGGUCUAAAUCGGCUCAUGUUGAAAAUCAUCGGAUUAUGGCCACCGGAUAAUCAAGACCCCCAUGUAACGAUAAAAUCAAAAAUUCGGCUAAUGUGCAGCAUUAUCAUAAUGCUGUUUAUACUGGCAAUACCAACUUUUGCAUCACUGAUAAAAGUAUGGGGAGAUAUGAUUCUAAUAGUAGAUAAUUUUAUAUACAGUCUAACUCUGGUGAUUGCUCUAUUCAAAGUCACCAUGAUUUGGUACAAACAAAAAGAUUUAGUGCCUCUAAUUGACAUGAUCGCGACAGACUGGAUGAAACCAAAGACGAAAGAAGAAAGACACACCAUGCUAAGAGUCGCAAAAAUCAGUCGCAUUAUCGCAAUAUAUGGAUGGCUGCUGCCAAUUAUUUCAGUGAUAGUUUGUUUUACUCUUGCAUAUUUUGGACUGAGUCUCAGACACGUGACGAAUCUGACAGAUCCUGGUAAACCCUUGGUGGUACAAACAUAUUACUUGCAUGACGUUUCCAAGAGUCCGCAGUUCGAGAUGACACUUUUGGCCCAAGGAAUUGCUCUGUGCACAACGUGUAUCUCUUAUUAUUCGAUCGACCAUUUCCUCGGACUAUUAGUCUUGCACGUAUAUGGCCAAAUGGAGAAUUUGCAUAUUCGACUGACACAUAUGGAGCGAUAUACUAACUUUGACUCAGUUUUGAAAUAUAAUGUCCAGGAUCACAGCCGCUUAAUCAGAUCCAUUCAAAUCAUCGACGACUCAUUCGAUUUAUUACUGAUUGCCAUAGUAUUAUAUUUCGGUAUAAUAUUCUGCUUACUAGGAUUUUUCAUAAUUAAUGUUCUUAAUGAUGACAGCCAAUUGUCAUUUAUGCAAUUAAUUUGGUUUGGUGGAGCCGCCAUAUCCAUUUUAUUGCAUAUGUGCCUUUACUGCGCCGUUGGCGAAACUCUUGUGACGCAAUGUGAAAAGAUUCAUCGUGCCGCAUACGCAUAUGCGUGGUACACUUUAGAUCCAAAAGCAGCGAGGAGCUUAAUUUUAAUAAUGUUGCGCGCAAGCAAACCACUGUACAUCACGGCUGGGAAGACAUUUCCCAUGACGAUGGCAACGUUUUGCAACUUGUUGAAAACAUCUGCAGGUUAUAUAUCAGUCUUGCUUGCGAAUCAAGAUUAACAGUGAUAAUAAAAAUUUUGUAUUCAAAUUCAACAAUCAUUUACUAAAAUGAUUAUCAAAUAAUUAAAUAUGACA